ACUCUGGGUUCUUACAAUGACAUUCCUGCUGCUGUUGUUUUUGCUUUGCCUCUGGGUUGUACUGAAACACUGAGGCAUGAUGGGUGUGCUGUUGUAGUUUCAUUUUUUGUGGCUCUGGUUCUUGAUAGAGUCGUGCUAUCUCCACUCUUUUGUGCUUUUUUGUGUAUAUUAAUGACAAUUAGGAAGUUUGUCCUGUGGCUCAUGGCUGAUCCUGGUGCUGUGUUUGAUUGACUGGGUCAUGGUAGUACUGCUGAAUGGGCUUUGGUCGAUCCGGCGGAGAGGAAGAACAAAAUGGCAUGGGUUCAAACCAGAGAGUUUAAAGUGUAUGAACAUGGAGGACGAAAUACAGAGAUCUGUGAACAAUUUACAAGGAAGAUUGAAGAAAAAGGAUAUUUUAAAGUAUCAGUUCGUACUGACAUUAAGUCUUUUCUCUAUGUUCAUGAAGUUACCCGGGUUUUUCAUGACAUUAAGAGUGCACUGAAUAGUGCUGGAAAUAUCAAUUCCUAUGCUGCAGUGGUUAUAUUUAGGAAAUUAACACCAUAUGAAAAACCAGACUCCAGUGAUCUCUACUCCACACCCCUGCCCUUGGGGAUCCCUAAUGAGUUACCCAUCGUUGCAUGCUACUGGUUUGAAAAUGACUGUAAGCAACAACUGUGUGACUGUGAGGAAAACAAGGAGUCUGUGAAGAAGCUUGUUCGCUUAAUAAAAAGAGAGCUGCAAACAGACACGGACAGCGGGUCCCCUAGCAGCAAGUCAAGCAGGUGGACCAACUUCUGGAACAGUCUUAUAGGACAGUCAUCUGUUUCGGAAAAAGAUGAUGAGCCGAAACCAGAGCCGUGGCGUGAAGAUGAAUUUAGUGAUGAUGCUUACAUGAAACUUCAAGAAGAAAUAAAAAACCACCAACCACACCCUAAGGCUUCCACAACAAAUAUUCUUAUUUCGGGCAGUGUGGGUUCCGGAAAGUCAAGCUUUCUAAAUUCUGUGCUCUCAGAACUCAGGAGAGAAGAAUUCAACGGCAGAGUGCAAAGCUUUCAAGGCGUGAGACCAGGUGCACAAACAAGCGUCACACAACAUCUAAGAUGCCACAAAUUCAUUGACAAGAUGAAAAUCUUUGAUACAGCAGGAUUUGAAUUGGAGAAAACAGAAAAUGCCACGAUAAUAUUAAAGAAGAUCAUAGAUGGUGAAGUGGCUGAAGGCACAAAGUUUGACGAUAUUCUGAAAACAAAAAGCUCAAUGGAAGGAGACAAAAUCCACUGUGUUGUGAUGGUUAUAUCAAUUCACAACGCUGAAAAUCUGGCCUUGAUUCGGGUUUAUAAAGAAUUCAUUGGAAUGCUCAUAGAGACUGGAGUACCAUGCCAGCUGCUUGUUACAUUCGUUGAUGAACUUUUUGAGAAGACUGUGGAUUUGAAAAAUCUGUACAGGAGAAGUGAUAUAAAACAAAAGAUUGAAAACAUAGCAGAGAAGAUGAGAAUUUCAAUGUGCAAUGUCCUUGUGGUUUCAAACUACUUCGCGGGGGAGAAAAUUAACCAAAUAAAAGGAACUCUGCUGUUGGAGGCGUUUGCUCAAAUGCUGACGGCUGCAAAACCCUUUCAAGAGAGAAUGUAGAGUAUCACCUGUCACACCUGAAGCACGCUGAGUCCAUUACUCAAUUGGUUAAUUGAUUGCUAAUCGGAGAAUAGUCACUUGGUAUAUAGGGAAGUUGAUUAAUUUGUUUGGAGAGAGACUGGGAGCAGCAGGAGGCUGUGGUCCCAGAUACAAGAAGUAUCACCCAGUCAGCGCUAUCAAAGAGUUGCUUUUUGUAUUUAUGAAAAUUCAAAUCAUAUUCUUUGUACACUUUGUUAAAUCCAUUUCUAAGCUGUCAGCUUUGCAUAAACAGAAAAAAAUGUCAAUAAGCAGCUCUGAAUUAUUCAGCAUGUAAUCUACUGUUUAAUCUAUCAUUUUAUGAUUUUUUUUUUUUAAAUACUCUACUUGAGUACUCUUGUUUAAGUCUAGUUCUAACGUCAAUUAAUGAUCUUUAAAUUAAUCAGCAAUAACCUUUGCUGAACCUUACAGCUUACAGAUACUCUGCAAUAAUGUAAAAGACUGAGGAAAAUGAAGAAUGUAAAUCACAGGUGAGCAUGAGUCUUAGUUUUCAUAAUAUCAUAAAUGAAAUGGGAAUGAUGUUUUUUUGAAAUAAAUAAAUAAAAUAUGCCUUUGUUUCCUAUUUACGCAGCACUCAUGUUUGCUGUUGCUAUUGUACUGUAUUGUAUUGUAUUGUAUUGUAUUGUAUUGUAUUGUAUUGGCCAGUCUGUCUAAUAAGGGGGUUCAUUCAAACACCUUUCAGAUGUAUUAACUUCAGGAUGUUCACAUUACUAACCACUGUAUUUGAAAAUCCCAUCUCAUACAUUUCCCAUGUACUGUAAUAUAGCUUCCCUUAUAAAAUGGCUUGGAUAAAUUAAGUGCUGUGAUUGGCUGAACAAAAUCACAUGACUGUGGUAAUAAUUGUCUUACCGCACGGCUAUGACAUCAUAGACCAACUUACUUACCUGAUCUAUUAAUAUUACUAUGCCUUAAUAGUAACAAUGAUCUAAACAGUGUUUCUGUAGGUAAAAAUGUCAACAUACAACUGAAACAGCAUUUAAAUCACCCAACAAUCUGUUUUUUCAUCUCUGUCACUUAGAAUUACAGAAAAAAUGGCAGAUAUACUGUGGUAUUUAUUUAGUCAGAGAACAGAACAAAGAAAACUCUGAGGCAAGCAGCAGCAGUAACACUAUUCAAAAGCCAUCUGAGAAAUCACCACGCAAGUCUCAUUCUGCAUGUUAUAUAUACAGGCACCCUUGAUAAAGAUGAGCAAAAAAGGCUGUAUAAAAUAAACAACACAGGUAAUGAGCUAUAUUUUAUGCUCAAAUAUAUGGGAAAACUAUAUUCUUUUAUUCUAAUACAAUUGCUCAGAGAAAAAAGUUUUUUUUUUUAUUAACAAGUAAUAGGGCAGCAGUGUGGAGUAGUGGUUAGGGCUCUGGACUCUUGACCGGAGGGUGGUGGGUUCAAUCCCCAGUGGGGGACACUGCUGCUGUACCCUUGAGCAAGGUACUUUACCUAGAUUGCUCCAGUAAAAAUCCAACUGUAUAAAUGGGUAAUUGUAUGUAAAAAUAAUGUGAUAUCUGUAUAAUGUGAUAUCUUGUAACAAUUGUAAGUCGCCCUGGAUAAGGGCGUCUGCUAAGAAAUAAAUAAUAAAACAUUUUCUC